CAGAGCGUGCGCUUAAGAUGACAUCGGUGUGUGGGCACGUGAUGAGUCUGGAUUUCAUAGGGAAGUAUAAUAACUGGGACAAGGUGGAUCCAGCUGAACUCUUCACUAAAGCCCCUACUGAGAAGAAGGAGGCCAACCCCAAACUCAACAUGGUCAAGUUCCUACAGGUUGAAGGCAAGGGAUGUGACUACGUGGUUUUGUGGUUGGACUGUGACAAAGAGGAGAGAACAUCUGCUUUGAGGUCCUGGACGCCAUUGAGCCGGUGAUGAACCGUCCAUACGGCAGUGAACGGACCGUCUACCGAGCCAAGUUCAGCUCCAUCACCGACACAGACAUCUGGGCAGCCAUGAAUAAGCUGGGAGAGCCCAACCGUAGGGCUCUGUCCGUAGACGCCCGGCAGGAGCUGGACCUGCGCAUUGGCUGUGCAUUCACCCGGUUCCAGACCAAGUACUUCCAGGGUAAAUAUGGUAACCUGGACUCAUCCCUGAUCUCCUUUGGGCCAUGUCAGACCCCCACACUGGGCUUCUGUGUGGAGCGCCACGACAAGAUCCAGUCCUUCAAACCAGAGACCUACUGGGUCAUACAGGCUAAGGUUUUCAAAGGGAAAGAGUCUCCACUGACUCUGGACUGGGACAGGGUGAGGGUCUUUGACAGAGAGGUGGGACAGAUGUUUGUCAACAUGACUAAGACCUCCAGAGAGGCCAAGGUGGAGUCGGUGAGUAAGAAGGAGAAGGCCAAGCAGAGACCUCUUGCCUUGAACACUGUGGAAAUGCUUCGAGUGGCCAGCUCCUCUCUAGGAAUGGGUCCACAGCACACCAUGCAGAUAGCAGAGCGUCUGUACACCCAGGGUUAUAUCAGCUACCCCCGUACUGAGACCAACCACUACCACGACAACUUUGACCUGAAGGGGACACUCAGACAGCAGGCUAACAACCCCUUCUGGGCUCAGGAGGUGAAGGCUCUGCUGUCAGAGGGACUGAACCGUCCCAGGAAAGGAGCGGACGCAGGAGAUCACCCUCCCAUCACCCCCAUGAGGGCUGCCUCCGAAGGAGAGCUAGGAAGUGACGGGUGGCGUCUGUAUGAGUACAUUGUGCGUCACUUCAUCGCCACGGUGAGCCAGGACUGUAAGUACCUGCAGACAACCAUCUCCUUCACCAUCGCCUCCGGUUUCUCCUGCAGUGGCAAGACACUCAUAUCGCCUGGCUUUACAGAGGUGAUGCCGUGGCUGGGUAUCCCUCUAGAGGAGGCCAUGCCAGUGUGUGAGAGGGGAGAUGUCUUCACAGUGGAGGAGAUUAAACUAGUGGAGAGGCAGACCAGCCCUCCAGAUUACCUUACUGAGGCCGACCUCAUCACACUGAUGGAGAAACACGGCAUAGGUACUGACGCUAGUAUCCCGGUCCAUAUCAACAACAUCUCUCAGAGGAACUAUGUGACGGUGGAGAACGGACGCAAGCUCAAACCCACCAACCUGGGCAUCGUCCUGGUGCAUGGAUAUUACAAGACAGAUGCUGAGCUGGUGCUGCCUACCAUCCGUGGUGCGGUAGAGAAACAGCUGAACCUGAUUGCUCAGGGCAAGGCCAACUACCAACAGGUUCUGCAACACACACUGGACAUCUUCAAGAGGAAGUUCCACUACUUCUUUGACACCAUCGCUAGUAUGGACGAGCUCAUGGAGGUGACGUUCUCUCCCAUCGCUGCCACUGGCAAGCCCCUGUCUCGCUGCGGCAAGUGCCAUCGCUUCAUGAAGUACAUUCAGGCCAAGCCCAGCCGGCUGCACUGUGCUGGGUGUGAUGAGACAUACAGCCUGCCUCAGAACGGCGCCAUCAAACUGUACAAGGAGCUGCGCUGUCCACUGGAUGAGUUUGAGCUGGUGCUGUGGACCUCUGGAUCCAGGGGAAAGAGCUACCCCCUUUGUCCCUACUGCUUCAGCAACCCCCCCUUCAGGGACAUGAAGAAAGGUAUGGGAUGUAAUGAGUGCACCCACCCGUCCUGCCAGCACAGUCUCAACUCACUGGGUAUUGGUCAGUGUGUGGAGUGUGAGGGCGGGGUGCUGGUUUUGGACCCUACCUCUGGCCCCAAGUGGAAGAUGGCUUGCAACAGGUGCAACGUGAUGGUGCACUUCUUUGAACACGCACACAGGGUGCAGGUAACCCAGGAGAGCUGUGAGGCAUGUGAAGCGUCCCUGGUAGCGGUGGACUUCAACAAGACGCGCUCCCCGCUCCCUGCCGGAGAGACGCAACACAGUGGCUGUGUGUUCUGUGAUCCAGUCUUCCAGGACCUGGUUGAACUGAAACACGCCACCAUGAGACACCCCUCCAUGACCCGCGGCGGGGGUGCGCGGCGAGGGGGGCGGGGCAGGGGCAGAGGGCGCAGGGAAAAGAAACCUAAAGACAAGAUGGCUGCCUUGGCAGCGUACUUUGUGUAGCAGUAGAUCAGGGUCAUUAUGUGAAGCUGGGUCAUGAUGUGAUGUUAUGGCAUCUAUAAUAAAUGAUGGCAUUAUGUGGAAAGUAAAUGAUUUUUUUUUUUUUUUGUAAACAGAAAUUGGUCGUUGUGUUUUCUGAGUCUUUGUCAUUGUAGCUGUCUUAGCCGAUUGCGCCUGGGGAGAGAAACACUGAUCUAUGUCAUCUACAUCUUCAUCAGUGAGCAGGUUUCCAUUGACCCAGGUAAUUAGACAAAAGCAAUGGCGCCCCCCCCCCCAAAAAAAAAAUCACUGUAGCGUGUGUAAUGGGACACCGUAGCGUGUGUAAUGGGACACGGGUGGGUGUGUAAUGGGACAUGGUAGCGUGUGUAAUGGGACACUGUAGCGUGUGUAAUGGGACACUGUGCGU